UAUAUUUGUGCCUGCUACAGUUGGAAAUAACAGUUCAGAAGCUGAAAAGGGUUGAAUGGAUUUACAGAAGGUUAUUUUUUGCAAGUAAAUUCAUGGCAACACAUUAAUUUGAUUAGUACAUGCUUUAGAAUUACUUUACACUCAAGAGAUUCAAAAGAUGUUAAAGUCAUCUCCAGGCUGCUGGACAAAUAUGUGUUACACCACCAAGGUACAGAUCAAGACAAAUCUGUGACUCAGGAUUUUAUCUUGGGAAGAGCGCAAGGUGUACGAAGAACUCAGAAUAACGAGGGAAGAUAACUCUGGGAACUACAAUGUGUCAGAAGAACAUCUCUUGCUAAUACAGCUCCCCACCAAAGACCCGGUUAUCUAAGGUUUAUAUAGGAAUGCCUAGGUCAGCUGACAAAAUACUGGUCUUCUGCUCCAUAAAUGCAGAAAAAACGAUAACAACAGUGGAAAAUUGGAAGUCUGAAUUUCAGCUUUCUUAGAAAUAACUGCAACCUGACACAUUCCAUAAUAUUUAAACAGGGUGGGGGGAGAGGAAUCACCAAAGAUGUUACGAUGUUACGUUUAGAGAUGACAUUGACAUGAAGAAUAGGAGGCUGCGGAACCAUGAGAGAAGGGAGAUUCAGAGAGAGAUUCUCUCUAUCCUGGGUUUACCUCACAGACCCAGACCAUUUUCACCAGGAAAGCAGGCUUCUUCUGCACCCCUCUUCAUGCUGGACCUGUAUAAUGCCAUGACAAAUGAAGAGGAUUCUGAGGAGCUGGAGUAUUCACUGAAGGGCUCAAUGGCAGGGGAGAGCAGAGGGAUACGGAAAGGAUACCCUGCCUCUCCAAAUGGAUAUUCGCGGAGAAUGCAAUUAUCUCGCAUGACCCCCCUGACCACACAGAAUCCUCCCUUAGCCAGCCUGCACGACACCAACUUUCUGAAUGAUGCUGACAUGGUCAUGAGCUUUGUCAAUUUAGUUGAAAGGGACAAGGACUUCUCCCACCACCGAAGGCACUACAAGGAAUUCCGCUUUGACCUGACUCAGAUCCCGCACGGAGAGGCAGUGACAGCCGCCGAGUUCCGGAUAUACAAAGAUCGGAGCAACAGCCGCUUUGAGAAUGAAACCAUUCAGAUCAGCAUAUAUCAGAUCAUCAAGGAGUAUCCCAACAGGGAUGCAGACUUGUUCCUGUUAGACACAAGGAAGGCUCAAGCUUCCGAUGUGGGCUGGUUUGUCUUCGACAUCACUGUGACCAGCAAUCACUGGGUGAUUAAUCCCCAGAACAACCUGGGCUUGCAGCUCUGCGCUGAAACUGGGGACGGUCGAAGUAUCAAUGUUAAAUCUGCUGGCCUGGUCGGAAGGCAUGGGCCUCAGUCAAAGCAACCAUUCAUGGUUGCAUUCUUCAAGGCAAGUGAAGUGCUUUUCCGUUCUGUCCGAGCAGCCAACAACAAGAGGAAAAAUCAGAACCGCAACAAAUCCAGUAGUCAACAGGAGUCCUCUAGGAUGCCAGGCGCUGCGGAUUAUAACACAAGCGAGCAAAAGCAAGCAUGUAAGAAACACGAACUUUAUGUGAGUUUCCGAGACUUAGGAUGGCAGGAUUGGAUUAUUGCACCGGAGGGCUACGCUGCGUUUUACUGUGAUGGAGAGUGUUCUUUUCCCCUCAAUGCCCACAUGAAUGCAACAAACCAUGCCAUUGUUCAGACUCUGGUUCACUUGAUGUUCCCCGAUCACGUACCCAAGCCAUGCUGUGCACCAACAAAACUGAACGCAAUCUCCGUGCUCUACUUUGAUGACAGUUCCAAUGUUAUUUUAAAAAAAUACAGGAAUAUGGUGGUGCGUUCAUGUGGCUGCCACUAAAACAAAAAAAAAAAAAAUAAUCUAAAGCAGAGGGUUUUAUUCAAAAUUGUAAUAAAGUCAAGAUAUGAGCAUUGCUGAUGAAAA